CCCCCUUUCUCUCCUCACCCCGCGGCCUCAGGCCAAGGUCUGCUGCUUCCCGGGUGAGUAGAGAUUACAUUUUGGAUAAUCGACGAGCACUAGCCAAGAUGCUGUUCCGGUUAUUGUCGGAUGUCCGGUGGCGGAGCGCCGGACGGGGCUGGCGGAACAGGUCCCAGUCGAGAUACAAAGCCUCGACCGCCGCAGAUGCCCAGCCCAUCUCGCUGCCGGCACAGGCCCGAGUGGUGAUCUGUGGUGGUGGAAUCAUGGGCACGUCAGUGGCUUAUCACCUCUCCAAGCUGGGAUGGAAGGAUAUUGUCCUCCUGGAGCAGGGCAGGCUGGCUGCUGGCUCCACGCGGUUCUGUGCUGGCAUCGUGAGCACGGUCAGGCACUUGUCCAUAGAACUCAAGAUGGCAGACUACUCGAACAAACUCUACCAGCAAUUAGAACAGGAGACAGGGAUUCAAACGGGUUAUGUGAGGACAGGCUCAAUCUCUCUGGCUCAGACUCAAGAUCGCUUAAUCUCCCUGAAACGUAUCAACUCGAGGCUGAAAGUAAUGGGCAUCCCUUCCGAGAUUAUCUCCCCAAAGCAAGUGGCAGAGCUUCAUCCCCUCAUCAACAUCCACGAUCUGGUGGGAGCCAUGCACGUCCCUGAGGAUGCAGUGAUAUCAUCUGCCGAUGUAGCUCUUGCAUUAGCAAGUGGUGCCUCUCAAAAUGGCGUGCAGAUCCUCGACCGAACAAGCGUCAUUCACGUCUUGGUCAAAGAUGGUCGCGUGACUGGCGUGGAGACCGACAGAGGACAGAUUGAAUGCCAGUAUUUCGUCAAUUGUGCGGGCCAGUGGGCUUACGAGCUUGGCCUGUCCAACGAGCAGCCGGUUAAUAUUCCAUUACAUGCCUGUGAACACUUCUAUCUUCUUACUCACCCCUUGAAGACCCCUCUGCAGAGCAUCACACCAACCAUCGUGGAUCCAGAUGGAAGAAUCUAUAUUCGAAGCUGGAAAGGGGGUAUCUUGUCUGGAGGUUUUGAGAAGAAUCCCAAACCUAUCUUUACUGAGGGCAAGAACCAACUGGAGAUUCACAAUCUACAUGAAGACUGGGAUCAUUUUGAGCCCCUGCUGAGUUCCCUUCUACGCAGGAUGCCAGAACUGGAGGCUCUAGAGAUCAUACAGUUGGUCAACUGCCCCGAGUCCUUCACGCCAGACAUGAGGUGCAUCAUGGGGGAGUCUCCAGCUGUACAAGGCUACUUUGUCCUGGCAGGAAUGAACUCUGCCGGCAUUUCAUUUGGCGGGGGCGCAGGGAAGUACCUAGCUGAGUGGAUGGUGCACGGUUACCCUUCGGAGAACGUGUGGCCGCUGGACCUGAAACGCUUCGGAGCCCUCCAAAGCAGCCGCACCUUCCUCCGCCACCGGGUCAUGGAAGUGAUGCCCCUGAUGUACGAUCUGAAGGUUCCCCGCUGGGACUUCCAGACUGGCAGGCAGCUUCGUACAUCCCCCCUCUAUGAUCGUUUGGAUGCCCAGGGGGCCCGAUGGAUGGAGAAACACGGAUUUGAGAGGCCCAAGUACUUUGUCCCACCAGAGAAGGAUCUGUUGGCACUGGAUCAGAGCAAGACUUUUUAUAAACCAGAUUGGUUUGACAUAGUGGGGUCUGAAGUGAAGUGCUGUAAAGAGGCUGUGUGUGUCAUAGACAUGUCCUCUUUCACCAAGUUUGAAAUAAGUUCCACAGGGGAUCAAGCAUUAGAAGUUCUGCAGUAUCUCUUAUCUAAUGAUCUUGAUGUGCCAGUGGGGCACAUUGUGCAUACGGGCAUGCUCAAUGAAAACGGAGGUUAUGAGAAUGAUUGCAGUGUGGCACGACUCAACAAGCGUAGCUUCUUCAUGAUUUCUCCCACUGACCAGCAGGUCCAUUGCUGGUCUUGGCUCAAGAAGCACAUGCCCAAUGAUGGCAAUCUACUCUUAGAGGACGUCACCUGGAAGUACACAGCUCUCAAUCUGAUCGGCCCUCGUGCAGUGGAUGUCCUCUCAGAAUUAUCCUAUGCCCCUAUGACAGCAGAGCACUUCCCAUCUCUCUUUUGCAAGGAGAUGAGUGUGGGAUAUGCAAAUGGGAUCCGGGUGAUGAGCAUGACGCACACAGGAGAACCUGGAUUCAUGCUUUACAUUCCCAUAGAGUACGCCCUGCACGUCUACAAUGAAGUGAUGAGUGUCGGACAGAAAUACGGAAUCCGAAACUCCGGAUAUUAUGCCCUCCGCAGUCUCCGCAUUGAAAAGUUUUUUGCCUUCUGGGGCCAAGACCUGGACACCUUCACCACCCCCCUGGAAUGUGGACGAGAGUUUCGGGUGAAGUUAGAAAAGGGAACCGAUUUUAUCGGUCGAGAGGCACUGUUGCAGCAGAAGCAGAGUGGCGUGUUCAAGCGCUUUACUAUGUUCAUCCUGGAGGACCACGAUACGGACCUGGACCUCUGGCCAUGGUGGGGAGAGCCCAUCUAUCGCAACGGCCAGUACGUCGGCAAGACCACCAGCAGUGCCUACAGCUACACCCUAGAGCGCCACGUCUGUUUAGGCUUUGUGCAGAAUUACGACGAGGGAACCGGGGAGGAACUGGUGGUGACCCCUGACUUCAUCAACCGUGGCGAGUAUGAGAUUGACAUCGCUGGACAGCGCUUCCAGGCCAAAGCCAAGCUCUAUCCCUUCAGCUCCCUCUUCACCCUCAGGCGCCGUAAGGAUGAAAUGGAACUGAGUGGCUUCCAGGGGAAGUGAUGCCGCUGGAGAACCUGGUCUCCCUCUUCCCAGACUGGAAUUUGCAUCAGGAUCACCUUGACAGCUCCCCUCUCCUUCUCUUGCUUUAUUUUCUCCUUUCCUGCCCUAUCCAGUUCUCCUCUCCUUGUUUCUUCAUUCUCUGAGGGAAUUUUCGUUUCAGGACUUGAGGAUGUUUUAAACUUUACGUGUUUUAAAACUCUUGCUCUGAAACUUCUGUGUGUGUUCUCUCUCUCCCCGUCUUCUGUCUCUCCCCCCUGUCUCUCUCCCCCUCUGUCUCUCUCCAAUCUUUGUCCCUCCUGAUCCCUCCAGCUGAUUGUACAUUCUGUGGGCUAAACAAAAGCAAGCUUCAGCGGUAGAAAGUAGAUUGUACAUUCACAGCUGCUCUUGGAGGGUUGAUGGUCUGAUCUAUAGAACUUCUCCCCAUCCCUGUUGCUCAGCCUCCAGUUCAGAUGUUGUUUUCCUCUGGCUACCCUCCCACCCCCACCCUUGAACAGCCCAUCUGUUCUUUUCGGAGGAGUAGUCAAACCUCAGAUGCCCCCACAAAGAUAGCUGGGUAGGGGCACCUUUAAUGGGCAGUUCAGAAGCAGAUAUUCUAAUUCACACUCGUCUCCUCUACCGAGGAUCUGGAGCACUGACCCACCCAGCAAUAGAAUGAUUUGCUACCUCACUGGCACGUGACGGGGCAAGGACACUGCCUAAGGAGCGUUAGGGAGGCGGGCAGGUUCCAUCCCGGUACUACUGGAUCCCCGGUCAGGAGCCUGACAUUAGCCAACACAAAAAACUCUGAUGGGAAAUUUCCACUUCCACGGUAGAUGCAUGGUUUGCUUUCAGUAAGCCAAGAUCAGAACGUACCACACUGCCCAAAAGGAAAACUAAACUUUUCUUCUCAUGCUUCUUCAAAUUGAAAAGGUCUGAUCCUAAGAGAACAGUAGCACUACGGUUGUUGGGUUUUGUCUCCCAUACAGUUAGUAUAGUGCAAUGCGUUUAAUAGGUGCUCAGUAAAUAUCAUUAUUACACUAGUUCUACUUUUCUUUCAAACGCUGAAAGUACACGUGUCCUCAUUUCCUCCUCUUCCUUCCAUCCUUUCCCCUAGCAGGCUUCCCUUUCUGUUCUCUAGUUUAAGCCCUUUUGGUCUCUGCAGCAGCUGCUAAGCGAGCCCGACAUGAGUUUUCAUUGCUGUGGAGAAAGUGAGGAUUUGGGGGCAUUACCUUUUUAUAGGGGUGGCCUAGCCACCCAGAAGCUUCACCUUGCAGGCCAUCGGGUUGAAGUAGGAAGAAGGAAAGAGGGAUGGCUGUUUGUGGUCCUCGAACCCAGGGUAAAUCCAGUAGGGAGGGAGGAGCCAAAGAUUGCUCCUGGUUCAAAGGAUUGCUUUUCCACUGCAGAGAGGUAUGGUAAAUGGUGUAAUCUCUCCUCUCUUCCUUCAGAUCAUUCUUCCUUCCCCCAUCCUCUGUUGCCCCUUCCUCUUCCAUCUUCUCCCCUCCCACUCCCCUCCUGCAGUCUCUCUAUUGGAAAGGGAAAUCAUCAGUGGUAUUUGCUAAGCACUUCGUGUGUGCAGAGCACUGUACUAAGUGCUUGGGAGAGUACAAUCAUUGAGGGUGUGAAAGAACAAUCUCCUCAGCAGAUCCUUUUUGUAUGACCUACUGGUGAAAGUGCAGGCCCCCAAAUUCGAUUUUUCUGAACAAUUUGGUUUAAACGGCCCCGGUCAAAUGAGAGCUAGUUAGUCAAAUCCAGGGAUUGAGGAGCUGGAGCAGAUGGCUGACCAAAUUUGAACUAGGUUCGCUGUUUUGUUUCUCUGUAAGCAGUAGAUCCAGAACAGUCUUGGUAAGCACUUUUAAAGGAAUCUGAAUUGCAUCAGCCCAUCUCAGCACAUCCUCCGUUCUCUGCCUCAAGGUUUCCUUUCCUUCCUCUUUUCCCAGCUAGCAUCUUUGUGGAAUGGCACCAGCCCUCCAGUGUGGGCCACCACUUUGGGUUUGUCCCUCUUCUUCCUUGGCCUUCCCAUCAGUUUAAAAAGAAGAUAAAGAAUCGUACCGAAUUGGAAAGCAGAAUUUUACCAUAGCAGGGUGUUUUUCUCUGUUUGCUCUGGGUCUUGCCUUCUGACAAGAUGGGCUGAAUGUUCAGGAGCGAUUUCUAACUCUCGUUCCUUUUGAGAUGAAACACAACCCCGAGCUUUUAUUGUGCCAUAUUCUCCAGAAUCAAUCAGUGAUAUUUAUUGAGCACUUACCAUGUGCAGAGCACCGUACUAAGCACUUGGGAGUACAGGACAAUAGAGUUAAUAGACACGGUCUCUGUCUACAAGGAGCUUACAGUUUAGAGGGGAGGACCUUCCAGUUUCCCAGCUAGAAAUAGAGAAAUUCAUGGGAAAAACCUGUGAAGGUGUUUUGACUCUUCAAAGCCCAUCCCCAAAGACCAAAAUUCUUUUAUGAAGGAUAUCUCAUGUAAAGUCCAGCACAGCUUGAGCUUCGAAGGACAGGUGAACAACUCAAAGCUGAAGUUUUGUUUUCUUCUUGCAUUGUGACACAUGCACUAAUUCAAAGUUCUUCCUUUUUGUAAAUAGUGUAGACUUACUUCAUUGUCUUGGACUGACUCCUGGAGGCUCCUAAAACUACAUGUAGAUUGUUCACAUUUAAUUUUAUCCCACUACUGAAAUGCAACUUUCUGAGUGCCAGCAGCAACUUUUUGUGUACUAGCAGUUAGUGUAACUUUUAAUUCUGCACAGUCAUUUGGAUCAAGAAAUAGGGAAACAAGGCCUGCAGGUAAAUUUAUCUUCAUACCUCCCGGUACUUCUGUUGGUUUAAUAGCUUUUAACAUAUGCUGGUCUGUGUUUCUGUUUUCUGUAGCCCAUGGGCACUGUUUGUUUAAUUUUUUUUUAUUCAUUAUUGUUCUUCACCAGGACCCCGGGAGAGAAAGUGCCCCCAUAUUUCAGUUGAGGAAACGGAGGCACACAGAGAGCCUGUAUGACUUUCCUGAGUCAAAUCCAAGCAGUGUAGCUAUUGAGGAUCAGCGAAUCGUACACAAAUCCUUUGGCUAACUAGGACCAGGAAUCGUGAACUUAGGUGUCCCGGUUUAAUGGUGGGGCCAUGAAGGCGUCAAGCACAGGGAAGGCUAGGCCUGAAACCAGUGGCCUCACGCAGCAGAGCCUUCUCAAGAAUAAUAGCAGGAUGAGUUAGUUUUCUGUCCCCUCAAAAUAUCAUCACUUAUUGACUGAUUCUUUUUGCAUGGUUCUAAUAAUUAUUUGCACUCCACAACCCAUCCACUGCUUUCCUUUGUUUUUCAUCCAAGCCCUGAAAGGGCUACCUAGGGAUUGAGGUCUGAUAUUAGGUACAGUCCUUGUCCAGAUUCCUACUAAUCAGGCAGAUUCCUCCUUCAGAUCCAAGUGGUUGUGUGCUUCAACAGUGUAGUCAUUAAAAUGACCCCAGGGUUUUCCCCCUGACAGUUGGCAUGGAGGGCCAAAUGACUGCCUGAUUUAUUUGUUGAAUAUUGUAAAACUUGUCGGGCUCUUCUGGAGGAGCAAGCCCAGGGCUUCUGCUGCUACUCCUGGUGAAGCCAAAUCUAAAGACUCUCCAUUGUAAAGUUGGGAGCAGCGGGGAACAUUUUGAGACGUUUUCCAUUGAGGCUAUCCCUUUCCAAGUGCCUAGUGUAGAAGAGCCAGGUGAGAGUCCCUCUUGUCAGCGUUGACUCCGUCUGUACUCUAGGGUGCCCAAAGCUCCCUGGGUGAUUUAUGUGAGACUCAGAGAAUUGAGAAUCUCUGACCCCACCUUCAAGGGAGGUGGUUCCAGUGAAGCUGCCCAGUGACCCCUGACUUCUUCCUUUUGAAUCCCCUGAGCUGGGGCUUUCUAGGAUGAAGAGUAAUUCCAUCCUUUUCUGCCUUCCAUCUUUGUAGGACGGGCCCUGUUUGAGCCUCCUUUUCUUUUGAUCUUGAAAAUAGGCUGUACUUUAGCCCCACACACAGAUGAUAUCUUGGGGUCUCUCGGGGUCUCUUACUCCAAUGAAGUAUCCGCUGGGCAUUUGCCUUUAGGUCCCCUGUGAACACAUUCAGAUCUGUGUGACCACAGUCAUAUGGCUUUGUCAUUUGGAGUUAUAGCCAGAGACAGAUUCCUUCACAUGGUGCUAGAUCAAGGAAGGGUUUCAUGUUCUUUUUCAUGAAACGUGUAAUAGCCUAAAGAGGCAGAGAAGUUCAUUUAAAGUGACUAGCGUAUUCAUCAUUUAAACUACUAAUCACCUACAUAUCGUAGGUUUGAUGCUAAUUGCCCAAGUGGGAGAAAGGAAUUGUUUCAACUCAACAAGUGGCUAAUGCUUUCUGGGUAGUCCAGCUUACAUCAGAACCAACAGGAAAUUAUAGAAACAUCAAGGUUUGAAUGCUUACCUUGUGCAGAGCACUGAAUUAGGUGCUUAGGAGAGUACAAUACUAAGAACUGAUUACAUGCAGAGGAAACUUUCACCCUUUUUGAACUUAUGCCCCCUUCUAGCCUCACCCAUUCCUUUCAUCCUCACUGUUGCCAGAAGGAAGUAAACCUUGAUUUUUUAAAAAAUUAUUAUUGUCUUUAACAAGCUGCUAUUUCAACCAUAUGGAGAAAACAAAGGAGAAAUAUAUCUGGAUCAUCUCACUCUCAUCUAGACACACUGAUGCUAUUGGUCAUCUGCCUGGCCAAUUUCUGGGAGAAAUUUCUGGGAGAAAAGAUGAUUAAAUGGAGAAAAGUGGCAAAUCCUUACCCUGCCUCUCCUUCUUAAGUCCCAGUUUAUUCAGGAUAGUAUGCUUGUAAUUGGGGAGGAGAGACGCUGUCUCCCAGGUGAUUUGAGAGCUCUCACCUGAUUUAUAAUGCACUGCAAAGGAGGAAACCAUUUGGGUAUCAAGUCAGUCUUAUAACCAUGGCCCAUUUGAUAAUGAGGUCUUUUGUUUUUUUCCCUCCUAAAUCCUUCCUACCUUCACACUCUCUGUUUUACUGAAUUACUUUUUUCUCCUAGGUUGAACCACUACUUCUAAUCUCAAGAAAACACUGUGAGUCCACUGUGGGCCAACUGUUUCUUACCUGAUUAACUUGUAUCCACCCCAGGGCUUAGAACAGUGCUUGACAUGUAGUAAGUGCUUAAUAAAUACCACUAUAGACGCCUGUCAAUAAAAAUGCCAAAUCAAGAUAAUGAACUUUCACAGUCCUCAGAUGUCAUAGAUUUCAAAAAUAAUGAGAAUUAGAAAUACUAUUUCUGAAGGUCUUGGCCAAGGAGCUAGAUUCUAUUCAUUUAUGGUUUUUGGCCUCCCCAGCUUGAAAGCAUAAUGUAUAUGGCAGUUCAACAGGUAGUCAAAUUAGUCAAUCAAUGGUAUUUAUUGAGCAUUUACUAGGUGCAGACUACUCUAAGUCCUCAAUCAAGAAAAUAUUUUCAUUCUAGCUGCCCCUUUAAAUGAACACUUUUUGCAUCGUUUCGUAUAUUGUACUUUGAAUAGCGUCUUGGGACUUUUUGAGCUUCCUCUCAUUUCACUGAAUGUAAAUUUCUUGAAAUUUAGCCUUCCCCAAUUGAGGAAUGUUCAUGUCUUGUCAAUUCAAAGUGAGACCGGUUUAGAGUAAGUUGUAAUGCUUUAAAACAGUAUUUGUGCUCAUGCGUAACUUUUGAGAUUACUUUGUUGAGAAACAGGACCUCUUCCAGCAUAGACAACUGCUCAAGAAUCACUACCGUACUGUGCUUCCCUAUGCUGGAAAAUGGGCCUUAGUGCACAAGCCAUAUCGAACUAAAUCUGGAAAGGCAAAUGCCAUUUAAUUUACCUGGUUUGAUUUCCUUUUCAACAUUUGCACAACUGACUCCAUUUUUCACUGGAGUGAAACUGAGCAGCUACAUUUAAUGCAGCGAUAGCUUGCCAGGGAGAUGUCACUCCAAUUCCGUGGUGGGUUUCGAACAGGAUUUUUCUAGAGUUCUCUUCCAUUUUGUAUUUUCUAAAAGACAUCUAACAUUAAAAAAUGAAGGGAAGUCCACCUUGUCUAUGUUGCAUUAACUGACACCCACAUUUGAAAAGUAAAACUAUUUGUCAAGGCAAGAUGUCUGACAGCAGAUACUGUGGUGUGGGGCAGAGAGGCCCUAAGAUGGAUUUUAAAAGUGACCUACUUCAGUGAGUGGCCUGAUUGCCAACUCUUUUCGAAUGCCUGUCAAAUGGCAAAACCUCUCCAGGUACGUGAGAUGACGGUAGCGUUUUAAUACACCAUCACUUGGCGGUAUCAAGUCAUUUUCUUCCUCAUAUGUUGCCAAUUUGACUUCCAUUUUUCCCUUGACUUCCUUCAGCUAUGGGUUGAGUGUUUGCCACCAAUGAUGGUCAUCAGAAAGGCUCAUGAAUCAUUUAAGUUGUGUGAGAAUGGCAAAUAUGUUCUCAGCUGAAAUUGCAUUUCUGCUGCUUAACCCCCAGUCUCCCAAACAAUAUUUGCACACAUGGUGAGGAGGAAAGUGGACUGUUGAAACAUUUGGGACAAUGAAGAUAAGCCCAGUAGGUAACGGCUAGCGUAUGAUGAUUGUUAAAAUAUGUUCAGAGUCCGGUUUAGCUCAGUAAGCCAGCCGUUUGUCUUUUAAAGCUGCUCUUUCUCCCUUCUUCCUUUUGGACUCUGCUUUAAGGUGCUGGGUUGCAGGGCUGUUUUCACGGAUUCGGUUCCCCUAAGUUACUGGUGCACUUUAUUUCAGGGGGAUUGAUCAGUUCAGUUUGCCCGUGCCCUCCUUUUUUGCCACCCAACUCCAGAACUGCACCCUGUGCACUGUGAUACUUGACAGCUCCUUCUGAGGAGAACGUCUGCCAUUUCUUGCAGAAUUAAGAUAUCUCUUUUGAGGUAGCUUUUCUUAUGACUUUUGGAGGCACCUUUAUUUUAUCCCUCAAGAACCUUCUUCACCUUUCCCGUUUCCCUGCCUGCCAAGAGCAGAGUUUCUAAGAGGUGGAAAGGCUAUUUUUAACAGCUUUUUCAAAGACUCAUACCAGCAUUUCCUCUGCAAACCGAGAACUGGAGCUGGGGAAACCUCAGUUUUCUAAACCAGUUCCUAGUGCCUUACACUCUGGAAUGUCGUAUAGCGGAUGCAGCCAGCAUAGAACAAAAGCAGAAAAACUUGAUUUCCAUCUGUGGUACUUCUUCCACCUCACCUUCUCUUAGCCACACCUUUUCCCCACAAAGGAAGGGAAAAGAAUAUAAAUGUAAUUACAUGAAGGAUUUCCUAGGAGCACAAGUAAUGCCCUCCCCCCCCCGCUCCUGUCAACCCUGGAGCUAUAAAAAACAAAAAGCCAUUGUAAUUAUUGUAAAGUUUUGAUUGCGUUUGUGAAGGGUGGUGGCACGGUCCUCUGAUCAAACUCGGUUAGAAUGUGGUCCUGGAAACACACAAGGCAGUUUUGUCAUUGCAAUCAUUUCAUGGGCCGCAAAUGGAUAUUGUCAGGCACACAAGGUACUGGGGUCCCUGCCUUCCGUGGAUGCUGAAUUAACUUAACACUGUAUGCUGUAUUUAUAUCAAGCUGGAUUUCAAUUGAAAUUUUCUUCCCCUGGUCAAUUUAUGUGGUACUAGGUUUGUAUAUGAAUAAACAGGCAUUUUAAUUAUUCUUGCCAGGAAAA